AUGGAUUCGAAGAAGACGCGCUUGAAUCUGCCGGUAGGCAUGGAGAUGACUCUCCGCCUCGACACGCCGCCGCCGGCGUACUCUCCGGUGAAGACGUCGUCGCCAUCGAAGACGACCUACAGCGACAGAUUCAUACCCUGCCGAUCGUCCUCGAGGCUCCAGAACUUCGCGCUGGUGGAGAUGCCGUCGCCGGUGAAGGAGGGGGGGAACGAGGUCUACUCGAGACUGCUGAGGGCCGAGCUCUUCGGGACGGACGCCAUGACCUGCUCCCCAUCUGGGCAAGCGUCCCCAAUGAGCCCUAAUAAGAAUCUGUUCAGAUUCAAGACGGAUCACUCGGCCCCCAGCUCCCCGUUUCCCGGGGUGGCCUCGAGCAACGAAAGUGGAGUUCUUGGAGAGGUGUCGACCCCUCCGAAGGUGCCCAGAAAGAUUCCGAAGACGCCUCACAAGGUUACCAAUCCAGAUCCCUAAUUUCCCAGUCAUAAUUAAUCUUCCCGAGCCCGACCGAGGAGGAAGAAGCCUACUAACCACCGAUCGGCCGUUUGCAGGUUCUCGAUGCCCCCUCCCUGCAGGAUGACUUCUACCUGAACCUCGUCGAUUGGUCCUCACAGAACACCCUGGCCGUUGGGUUAAGCACAUGCGUCUAUCUCUGGUCUGCAUCCACCAGCAAGGUACAUCACCCAUCAAUCUGUGUACGUAGUCUUUGAUCUACAUCUGGUUCAGCAGCAAGAGGGGCGACAACAGGACGAUUGGUUGAAUCCUUGAUCCAUCCUUCUAAUGGUGGAUUCAGCGUCAACGGGGAAAAUCAUUGAGAAUCUUUGAUCUCUCCGUCUUGCCCAUCAUUCGAGCAUUUCUGAAACUCUGAGAAUGAGACGUUCCUGGUUCAGUUUGAGCUCUGCGCGUUUAUCAUGCUCUUCUCACGGCAACAGGUGACGAAGCUCUGCGAUCUGGGCCCCCGCGACAGCGUCUGCGGCAUCCAGUGGACUCGCGAAGGCUCUUACCUGGCCAUCGGAACCAGCCUGGGGGAGGUUCAGGUAUGCGCAUAGAAAUUAUAAUCUUCGAUUAAACAUGGGUGGGAACGCGUCAAUUACCGUCGAAUUGCAGCAGUGAUCCAAAAUAUGCGAUUAUUCUUUUUACCUUCAUCACCCGUUUAUCUUGUUGUUUAAUCAUCUCUGGUGGCAUUUUUGAUCCUGCCCCGGCCCGAGUGAGGCUGGCAAUUUAAUGGGUCUGAUUCCAUUAUUCUCCAUUGAUUUUGAGCUGGAAGGCCCUGUGAUCUUCGACUGUGGCAGAUAUGGGACAGCGCCCGGUGUAAGAGGAUCAGGACGAUGGGUGGGCAUCAGACGAGGGCCGGAGUCCUGGCGUGGAACUCCUGCAUCCUGUCUUCCGGAAGCAGAGACAAGAACAUCCUCCAGCAUGAUCUCCGCGUCUCGAGCGACUACGUCAGCAAAUUCGUCGGCCAUCGAUCGGAGGUAUCAUCUGUGAAUAAAACCCCGGUAAUCGAUGGCGUUUGAGGCGAUUAGAUCUUCCCCAAGAACGAGGCCUUUCUCAUCAUCUUUCUUUCCCUUCCCGUCGUGUUCCUCUGUCGUUUAGGUUUGCGGGUUGAAAUGGUCGCAUGACGACAGGGAGCUCGCUUCAGGCGGGAACGACAACCAGGUGGGAACCCUUCAUCUCGCUUCGAAAUGAUCAGUGGACGACGAUGAUUGACUGUUUUUUUUCUCUCUUUCUGCGUUGAUCGAUCCUUGUUCUCCCUUCAAGGGCCGUCAAACUGAGAUAAUUAUGAUUUUUUGCUCCUUGUUGGUGAACCAGCUCUUGAUUUGGAAUCAGCACUCACAGCAGCCGAUCCACAGGCUGUCGGAGCACACGGCCGCCGUCAAAGCCAUAACCUGGUCACCGCACCAGCACGGGCUCCUGGCGUCCGGCGGCGGAACCGCUGACCGGUGCAUCCGGUUCUGGAACACCAAGAACGGCAGCCUGCUGAAUUCGGUGGACACCGGGAGCCAGGUUCUCCUCCGCGUGUCUCUAUUACCACUGGUUUCACCCACAGAGAUUUAUCACACGUACCCUAAUCGUCCAUCUUCUUCCUCCAACUCCCUCAACGCCGCAGGUCUGCAAUCUGGCAUGGUGCAAGACUGUGAACGAGUUGGUUAGCACUCAUGGGUACUCUCAGAACCAGAUCAUGGUGUGGAAAUACCCCUCAAUGGGGAAGGUAGCAGCCAUAACUCAGCUCUUCUCCCAUUACUUGCCUUCCACAAUGAUGAACGCAUUUAGGGUUCCUACUCAGCAGCUGCCUCGGUUCUUUGUCCACAGGUAGCGACUCUCACUGGGCACACUCUACGAGUCCUCUAUCUUGCUGUCUCACCCGAUGGACAGGUAACCCCAUCGUCUUUCUCUCACUCCCUCUCCCUCUCUACCCUCAGAUUGAUAGAACCCAAAUGCCUUUUGUUGCAGACUAUUGUGACCGGAGCGGGGGACGAAACACUCAGAUUUUGGAACAUCUUUCCUUCGAUGAAAGCCCCGGUGAGUCACAAGUCCAAAGCAUUGACUUCUCUUGCAAAAUAUCUCAAUGGCCGUUGACCUUCGUGAGCGUAUCUUUCUUCGUUUGGUUCCCUUUCAGGCUCCUGUGCGCGGCACGACGGCUUGGUCCCUCGGAAGAACGCACAUCCGAUGA